UAGUUCCUUAUUUUUCAUCUCAUUUACAAUAAGGUUGAAACGGCAACAUGCAGUCUGUGCUUCUGUGGAGUUCAUUCCUUUUGGUGAUUUUCAGCCAUUGCUCCUUUCUAGAUGGUGCUCCGUCUUUAUCUCAGUGCUCUGACAGUAAUCUGAGUAUCAGUGGGGGAAGAUACACCCUCUCCAAGUUGCAUAAUGAUGGUAGUAUACUGAGAUACAUCUGCAGAGAGGGUUUUUAUCCACAUCCUAUAAAAAGUCGUAAAUGUGACGGAGGCCAGUGGGAUCCUAUACCCGGCACAAAGCUUCCAGUAUGCAAGAAGGUCACAUGUCCUUAUCCAAUUGUUCUGGAGAAUGGAGUUGUGCAACCUUAUAAACCAGUGUACUACGUGAAUGACACAACCACCUAUAGGUGUCAUUCUGAUUACACAUUUCGAGGAUCUGCCACCCGUGUGUGUCAGGCCAAUGGGAAGUGGAGUGGUGGCACACCAAUUUGUAGUCGUAACACUGAUCACUGCCCAGAUCCUGGCACUCCACCUGGUGCCAGCAGAGGUGGUCACAUUUUCAACAUUGAUGACAAAGUUACCUAUACCUGUGCUAAGAAUCUAAAACUAAUAGGUUCCAAAGAGCGUGUGUGUCAAGAUGGUGGCCAGUGGUCAGGGAAAGAGCCGGAGUGCUAUGCUGAUUUUACAUACGACACUCCUGAAGAAGUAGCAGAGGCUUUCGGCAGUUCUCUAAAGACUACUCUAACUCUGCAUGAGGAAUCAGGUAAAGAAGGAAAGAAAAUACGUUUGACGCAGGAAGGAAAACUUGACAUCUACAUUGCCCUGGACGCAUCUGACAGCAUUGAUGAAAAUGAUUUUAAUAAAGCAAAGGAGGUCAUUAAGAAGCUCAUAACAAAGAUAAGCUAUUAUGAGGUCAAUCCAAAUUAUGAACUCCUAAUUUUUGCCACGGAUGUGACAAAAAUUGUUAGUAUUACUGAUUACAAGAAGGGUCCUGAAACAAGGUUAAAGAACCUUCUUACAUUGCUAGAGGAUUACAAAUAUGAUGCGAAAGGACAGAAAACAGGAACCAACAUUCGCAAAGCUUAUGAUGCUAUACUAAGGAGCAUGAGUUUUGAGAAGGAGCAAAAUGAGACAGCCUUUGACAUGACACAGCACGUCAUAAUCAUGUUUACUGAUGGUAUAGCCAAUAUGGGAGGAAGCCCCAAAUCUGUUAUUGACGAAAUUAAGCAAAAAGUAAAAAAUCAGGAGCAAUAUCUUGAUCUUUAUGCAUUUGGAGUUGGUCAAGAUGUUGAGAAAGAGAUAAUUGAUGAGUGGGUGACAAAAAGAAAUAACGAGAAGUAUUUUUUCAUACUUCCAGACAUGGACAAAGUUGGAGAGACAUUAGAUGAAAUGAUUGAUGAGGGCACUAGUGUGUCUCUAUGUGGACUCUACAAAGACUACAGUGACCCUGAGAGUAGAGCAAGCCUGCGCCUCACAUACCCCUGGCUGAUAAAGAUAUCUAUAACUCAUGAGGGUGGCACAGCAAACUGUAUAGGAUCAUUAGUCUCUCCCAAGUUUAUUCUAACUGCUGCCCAUUGCUUCAGGUUUAACGAUGAUCCUGAAAGAAUUGGACUUGUGGCAACCGAUGCUAAAGAUACUGGAUUACUAGCGGUGAAGAGGUACUUACUUCAUCCUGAAUACAAUACCACUAAGAAGAGGAACCUGGGAAUACCAGAGUAUUAUGAAUAUGAUGUGGCUCUCAUUGAAUUAAAGAAAGGUGUGAAAGUCAGUCCUGACAUCAGAACUAUCUGUAUUCCCUGCACUCAGGAGACAAAUGGGGCUCUACAACUGCCUGCCAGUGUUACAUGUGAAAAACAAAAGGAAGUUCUGUUGAACAGUGAUCUUGUGACGGCACAUUUCAUAGAACAUAAAGUUGAAAAUAGCAAAAAGCCAAAAAAGACUGUCCUAAUCAGACAGGGGCAACAGAAAGAUGAAUGCAUUCAUCAGACCAAAACGAUAUUUAAUAUCAAACCAGAAACUGCAAAGGAGAUGAUUACAGAGAACAUGUUGUGCACAGGUGGACCUUCACAAAAUUACAUAGAUGAUGUUACUUGCAAAGGUGACUCUGGUGGUCCUACAUUUGUGGAAACAAAUCGUUUGAUCCAGGUUGGAGUCAUCAGCUGGGGUCUGAACGAUACAUGUGCUACUAAUGUGGAUCCUAAAGAUACCAGAGACUUCCACACAAACCUCUUCAGUCCAAUUGUGCAAGACUUCCUUAAACUAUACCUGGACGAUGGGGACUAUUUACAUUUUCUGUAAACAUUUAAUUAGUUACUUUUUGUUUAUCUACUUAACAGCUACUUAAUGCCAUUACAGAUUUUCUUAUCAAAGUAUUCAACAUUAAGGACAGUAUGACAAUAAAAUUUUGUAGGUUUAUUAAUGUCACGUCUCAAAUUUUUUUUAAAUUACUUAUUUAAAAAACUGUUUACCAAUAGAACACUGUAGAACAGUUAGUGAUUAAAAUGAACCCUGUCCUGGUGUUCAUCUAAACCAAGGGAAUUCAACUAAAAUUUGUGAAAAUCCUUACAAAAUUCCGGAUCAGCAACAUGACUGAAUGGCGACAACAUUUGCCCUUUAAUAACCAUAAUUAGUUUAUGGCUGUAAAUUAGACAGUUGGAAGUGGUUAUGUUUUGAUUCGUAGUGGUGCUUCCUGUUAUCAUUUUGGACUAGCGCCAUAAACUCUGAAGAGACAACUUUUUCGGCUUAAUGUUGGGAGAAUAAACACAUAAUUCUCUCCAUUUUAUUUUAAGCAGUGUAUUUUUCUCAUGGAGAUGUCAUCAGUUUUAAUAAAUAAAG